UGCUCACACCAUCUUAUGGUGGUGCCAGGUGAUGGACAGCAGAGCAGAGAUGGAGGUUGUGAGAAGCACGAAGGGGAAUGCCGCUGGGGAGGUCAGCGUCCACGUGGUCACCACCGAGAGCACUGUGCAGAGCACCCACCUGCCAACAACUGCCUUCAUCAUACCAGCAAAUGCCACUACCAUCAACCUUCCCACGAGCACCUUAGAAAUUCAGCGAUUCCCCCGGGAACCACAGAGAAGCACAGGGGCCGAGAGGCCAGAGAGGGGAGCAGGGACUGAGCCCAUCACAGCUACUGUCAUUCCCCAGAUCAGUGGGGUGCAGACCUGCAGCACAGUCCGUGUGCUGGAGUGGAAAGAUGGGGUGGCUACUUUGCCUGGGAGUAACCUGCGGUUUCGAAUAAAUGAGUAUGGGACGCUGAAGGUGGUGAGUGCUGAUAAGAUGCCUCCAGUGGAAGCUAUAAAGGAGGGUCACACAGAGAAAGAUGGGGACUCAGAGGUUUCACCCGCCAGCAGGGACAAUCCUACUGUGGCUCAGGAUGCACCGGAGCAGACCAAGCUGCCAACAGCAGAAAGCAUGUGCCACUGUGAUACCUGUGGCCGGAGACACGUGUCGGACGGAGCCCGGGAAGGCAGGGGCUUCUGCAGUGAGCACUGUCACCAGCAGUUCAAAGAAAGGUCCGUUAUUGUGGAAAACUCUGCCAGCAGCACCAAUGCCACCGAAAUCCUCAAGCCGGUGAAGAAACGAAAGAGGAAGGACUACCAGAGCCCUUCAGAGGAAGAAUAUGAAUCUGAACAAAUGGAGGAAAAGCAGGAAGAGAGGAAAAACUCUGCGGGAGAUUCUGCCAUCAGCAAUCCAGAGGCUGAUGUGUGGAACGGGAGCCAGCACGGUGCCAGUGAGGAGAAGAAAGAAGGCUGGUCUUGGGCGUCCUACUUGGAGGAGCAGAAAGCUGUCGCUGCCCCUUUAGAUCUCUUCCAGGAUUACCAAGUAGCUUCCCAGCACAAGAAUGGCUUUAAAGUGGGGAUGAAGCUGGAGGGGAUCGAUCCGCAGCACCCAUCUAUGUACUUUAUCCUGACGGUGGCUGAGGUGUGUGGUUAUCGGAUGCGCCUCCACUUUGAUGGCUACUCUGAGUGCCAUGAUUUCUGGCUGAAUGCUGACUCCCCCGACAUCCACCCCGCUGGCUGGUUUGAGGAGACGGGGCACAAACUCCAGCCCCCGAAAGGGGUUGUAGGUUAUAAGGAAGAAGAAUUCAGCUGGACAAACUACCUGAAGAUAACAAAGGCUCAGGCAGCUCCUAAGCACCUCUUCAUGGUCCGAGACACUCACGAGGCUUCUCCGGGCUUCGAGGUGGGCAUGAAGCUUGAAGCUGUGGACCGCAUGAACCCUUCCCUGAUCUGUGUUGCCACAGUGACUGACGUGGUGGACAAUCGCUUUUUGGUGCACUUUGACAACUGGGAUGAUACUUAUGACUACUGGUGUGACCCCAGCAGUCCAUACAUCCACCCAGUUGGAUGGUGUCAGGAGCAUGGCAAACCCCUCACACCUCCUCAAGAUUAUCCUGACCCUGACAACUUCACCUGGGAAAAGUACUUAAAGGAAACCGGAGCAUCUGCUGUCCCAGCUUGGGCCUUUAAAGUGCGCCCACCCCACGGCUUCCUGGUCAACAUGAAGCUGGAGGCAGUGGACAGGAGGACUCCUUCCUUCAUCCGAGUGGCCACUGUGGAGGACGUGGAAGAUCACAGGAUAAAGAUCCAUUUUGAUGGCUGGAGCCACAUCUAUGAUUUCUGGAUUGAUGCAGAUCAUCCGGACAUCCACCCCAUAGGCUGGUGCUCAAAAACUGGACACCCGCUGCAGCCUCCUCUCAGGCCAAAGGAACCAGCCUCCUCUGCCCACGGGGGCUGCCCAACCCUGGGCUGCAAGAGCAUCCCUCACACCAAGAGCUCCAAGUACAGCUUUCACCACAGGAAGUGCCCCACGCCGGGUUGCGACGGGUCAGGACACGUGACUGGGAGAUUCACAGCCCAUUACUGCCUCUCAGGGUGCCCGCUGGCAGAGAAGAACCAGGGCAGGCUUAAGGCAGACUUGUCCGACACCGAGGCUUCAAGUCGCAAGAGGAACCUGAUUGGCUUCCCUCAGCGAAAGAAAUCUCGGCACCACGGGAGAGGGCGACCUCCAAAGUACCGGAAGAUCCAGCAGGAAGACUUCCAGACUAUAUCUUCAGACAAUAUGCACCAGUCGCUCUUCAUGUCUGCCCUGUCUGCCCACCCCGACCGCUCCCUGUCACUCUGCUGGGAGCAGCACUGCAAACUCCUGCCGGGGGUGGCUGGCAUCACAGCAACUACAGUGGCCAAGUGGACCAUUGAUGAGGUCUUUAGCUUUGUUCAGACUCUGACGGGUUGCGAGGACCAAGCCAAGCUCUUCAAGGAUGAGAUGAUCGAUGGCGAGGCGUUCCUCUUGCUGACGCAGGCUGACAUCGUCAAGAUUAUGAGUGUCAAGCUGGGCCCAGCACUCAAGAUCUACAAUGCCAUCCUCAUGUUCAAGAACGCUGAUGACACCUUAAAGUGACUUUUCUUGGCCCGAUCAGGACCCUCCCUCAGCACCGGUGCUGCCAAACUGUCUGGUCAGGACAGAGAUUCCCCCCGACUGACCGCAGCUUGUCAUGUCCUGCUCAUGUCCUCUCGGAUGCUGCAUCUCCACUUUCCCACCAGUCCAUCUCCCAUCCUCUCCCAUCCACUCCACACUGCCUUUCUCCUCCAGCGCUGGGUACAGACUGACCCCAAGCCUCGGGGGCGGCUGCAGGGACGGAGGGUGGAUGUGGGACUAGCCUGUCUUAGCGUGACAGCUGCCCCCCACGUCCUGCUGUGACUGCACCGAUUCAGGGAGGGGUGUGUUGAGGGACGGGGGAUCAGUGCAGAGGGUGUAGCAGCUGGAG